UAUUUGCAUGAAGAGAUAAUGAAAGAAUUUGCAACGUCACAACUGCUCAACACACGCACGCGUAAUCAUAUUGUAAUGUCGCUAUCUACAUAUAUCUUCAUUAAAUCAUUGUUACUUUCUAUACACGAUUGAGUUAUUCAUUUGCUAUCUCCCCUUGUCCAUCAACGUCACGCAUGUGCAAUCCCAUUGCUUCCUCUCUUAUUGUUAAUCACGCUGCUAAUUCAACCAAUGAUUCAUAUACGGUACUUGAAUUUAUUUUUGCCUGUGCGCGCGGCCAAUCCAAUAAUCACAGUAAUUUCUUUUUUUUUUUCAUUUGAAUAUCCUCGGCAUGGUGGGUGAUUGAGAUGACGUUUGCCAAUCGACACGAUUGCGCUUGUAAAAAUAAAAAUGACGUGACGCAAAUAUCCUUGUAAUUUCCAUCUUUUAAUUUGCAAAAUAAUAGACGUUGCGAUUAAUCGAAGCAAAAUUGCGUAUAUAAAUUAUACUGUCAGUUUACGUAUUUUGAAGCCGAACUUUACCAUUGGCUAAAGGAUUCAUCUCUUUCGCUUCGCCGGCGUCAUUUUCCUUAUCCCUCGAAGGCCUUGGAUUGUUCCAAUCUAGUACCGUGGUUUCCGUGAAGAUCACGUAGUUGAUGGCCGUGACGAGCGAUAUCAGCGCCAAGAUUCAGAAUACGAGCUUCCACUGGCUGAUCGUUUGAUCCGGCGCCAAAACGCCCACGACGUACGGCGCAAAGAUACCCAUAAAGGCACCAGCCCCGUUGGAAAUGCUCAUGAGUGUACCGGAGUAGUUCGAACUCGAGUCGAGAACGUUGACUUUCAGUCCGGUAUAAGGACUGCCAAAGAGGAUCAAGCCAAUGGUGAUCAGCAAGAUUGCCCAAACGACAUCGCAGCCCACGUACAGGCCAACAGGAGGAAGCAAGUCGGCCCGAGGCUCAAGAUGGCCGUAUUGAUCUUUCGCACGCUUCGCUCUCGAUCAGCCGGUUGGACGGCCAGAGCUCGUCAGAUUGUACAUGGACAUCGCGUAACCGUUGCGCUGGACCGGCAGCCGCAGCACGUUCUGCAUGUACUUGGACAGGUCCGACAGUACCGUGUAGGUGUUCCAGUCCUGAUCGAGCUGGGCUAUCACCACGGCUAAAAAGGCCAUUGAUCCAAGCGCCCUCCUCCAGGGGAACACCGCCGGGUGCUCGUGGCCGUAGGCCGAUAUCCGCUCGCGCAGGUAGGCCUUAUCCUGGGGCUUGAUGAGGCCCAUGAGGAAGCGCACGCCGAUCAGCCCGUACUUAGGACUGAAUCUCUCGGACUGCAGGUCACCCGAGAGAUGUGUCAGCGCGUCGCCGCAGUGGAUAUCGUUCAACGCCACUUCCACGGAAGGCCUAUCAUCCCAGUUAUCCGAGUGUGCGCUCGCUCCACUCGAGCGCCACUGAGAUUCGGGGGUCGAGGGGCCAAGAUUUCACCUCCGCUGUCGACUUCAAUUUCGAAGGGCAGGCACGCUCGCGUCGCUCUCGACAUUCGAUCAGUACUCGAUAUCGUUAGUGCCGAGUUUCGACGGAAAAAAUAAAUAUACGUUUCGGCGAACGAGCGCGCUCGACGCUCGGCUCGCCCACGAGCUUGCAACUCGAUCGGCUCUACGCUCGACUGCUCGUUAUCUAUACAGCUAUGCGCAACGAGUUGAUAAGACGAUCUUGGAACUAUCAUCGAAGCCUCGCUAUCGUUUUUGUUUCAGCGUAGUCUUUAUUUCGCAAUGAACUCUCAGUGACGGUUAGAUGAAAUACUUAGAUUAUGUUUUAUGCGACUCAAGAGCACAGACGGACCUAUACUUUGAAUGAGUGGUUCACGAGAAUUUUAUCACUCUCUCUUUCUCUCUCUCUCUUUUUCUUUCGGUACUUUGCAAAAUGUGUAUGAUGUUUUUGGAAUAUUAUAAAUGAAUAAAUAAAUAUUUUCAGCUAAUUGAAGCUAAAAUUUUAACUCGUGUUGCAAAAGCACACUCAGCUACAAAGUACUUAACCACUCUCUGCCCACGAUGUUGGAUUUGCUGUACGGAUUGCCUCCUUGAAUUGGACAAUUUUUCCUUUCCGUAAUUUUCUAAUCUCAACGUUCUCGUCAAUUCGAAUCGUUGAUUGGUCAUGCACAUUAAUUCGGCGAGGGCAGCACCAUUCAGCACGAGUGUUUAUUCGCUGAAAUGUCAUCUGCUGUGUUAUUUAUAAAAAUUUAAAUGGUUCAAUAAUCCGUAAUUCUCUUCAAUUUACAUUUCGAGAUAAUUUGGUUACGGAGAACAACUUGUCAAAAAAUUUGGUAUAUCUUCAAGAGGCUGAUGAAACUCAAAGGAAAAUAAAAAUCUCGAAAGUAACGGUCCCAUGGUGUAAUGGUAAGCACUCUGGACUUUGAAUCCAGCGAUCCGAGUUCGAAUCUCGGUGGGACCUUCACAAUUUCUUUUUAUUCCAACUUCCUUGCAAUCCCCUUUUUACCAUCGCAGGGAAACUUUGCACAUGUUUACGGUUGCAAUAUGGUGGUGUAAAGCUCUGGAGAAAGUGAUUGUAUUAUUUGCUGCAUGUUUGCGUGCUUAUAACCUCAAAGUCAGUAACAUUUUCUCUAUUUUUUUUCGUUUAAAAAUGAGUGACAGUGAACUGACAGUGACAAAAGAUGCGUCUAAUACAUGUAAUAAUGAGAAAAAAGGAAAUGAAGCUGGUGCGUGCUGCUUGGAAUCGCAAGAAAAUCACAAAAAAAACACGUUGAUUUGUAUGUCACAAAUGAGUACAGCACAACCUAAAAGUGAUGUUCCUGUUGAUGAUUCUGGGCAAACAAAUAAAAAUGACGAAGAUUCAGUUGUUGUUGUAAAAGCAAAACCAGUGAGAAAAGUAUAUAAGGCACCGAUUAGAGUUAAUAAAAUACCACAAGAAAUUUUAAAUGAUCCUUUGAUAAAAGAGGCUAUAUCUGUGUUACCGUCUAAUUAUAAUUUUGAAAUCCAUAAAACAAUUUGGAGAAUAAGAGAAUCUCAAGCAAAAAGAGUUGGAUUACAAAUGCCAGAAGGUUUAUUAAUGUUCGCACCUACAAUAUGCGAUAUCAUUGAAAAUUUUACUGAGGCAGAAACAGUCAUUAUGGGUGAUGUUACUUAUGGAGCCUGUUGUGUAGAUGACUAUAGUGCAGAACUAUUGGAAUUAGAUUUUUUAAUUCAUUAUGGCCAUUCAUGUUUAAUUCCGAUCAAUAGAAUGAGUGGCAUCAAAUUAUUGUAUGUCUUUGUUGAUAUAAAAAUAGAUGCAGCUCACUGUGUCGAUACCAUAAAGUACAAUUUUCCAGUUACUACUAGAAUAGGACUCGUUAGUACAAUUCAAUUUGCUAGUACUUUACAAGCAAUCGCUACUGACUUAAGAAAAGAUGAAUAUACUGUUAUUAUUCCUCAGAGUAAACCAUUAAGCCCUGGAGAAGUAUUAGGCUGCACAGCUCCUUUAAUAAAAGACGUAGAUGUGUUGAUGUACAUUGGAGAUGGCAGGUUUCAUCUAGAAGCAGCUAUGAUUUCUAAUCCAAAUCUUACCGCUUAUCGCUAUGAUCCUUAUGAAAAGAAAAUAACAAUAGAAAAAUAUGAUCAUUCUCAAAUGUUAGCUAAUCGGAAAGAUGCAAUAAUGAAAGCCAAAGAUGCUAAAGUAUUUGGCCUCAUUCUUGGGACACUAGGAAGACAAGGAAGUUUAAGUGUUUUUGACACUCUUCGGAAUAGGUUGAUAUCUCAGAAUAAAAUAGUCAUAAAUAUUUUAGCUUCUGAAGUUCAACCUGAUAGGCUGAAACUUUUCGUUGGUAUAGAUGCAUUCAUUCAGGUUGCAUGUCCAAGACUCAGUAUAGAUUGGGGUACACAAUUUGAAAAACCUGUAUUAACACCAUACGAAGCAGCAGUAGCCUUGAAAAUGGCAGAAUUUGAUGAGUCCAAACCUUAUCCUAUGGACUAUUAUGCCAAUGCUAGUUUGGGACCAUGGACUCCAAAUCACAAAUCCGCUGAGUUGGAAAAACGAAAAGAAUUUUGUUGUGGGAAAUGCAAAGACGAGGAUAACACGAAUAAACCGUGUAAAUAGCGAAAUUUAUUUAUCAAAAUAAUUAUUAAAUAAUUCAAUGAAUAAAAUGAUCUAUUUCAAUUUGUACAUAAUAGACUUAUAAUAAUGAAAUUUUAUUAAUUUGGUAAUAAAGCA